CCAACUUGGAUGGUUUCCAGGACGAUUUUGCUGGCAUGAUGCCAGACAUGUUCACAUGGUUCCAGACAGAAAGCGCUGUACCGAGGAUUACAUGUAACUCGAAAGGGAAUGCCCUGGAGUUCAGCAGAAAUGGAGAAAAGAGGUUUGCAGAAACGUGGGACUACCAAGUAACGCCAUCAACGUUCCUGCAUUUGACAUAGCCAUGGGCUGUGACUCACUUUACAACACAGUGUACGGAGUGAUGCUUGAAUAUUCCACCAACAUGGGUAAGGAUUGGGACACGGUCGUAUCGGAAUGUGCACCCCCCAAUUUUGAAUGCAAUGAGUACCAUUCAAAGAGUGACUACAUGUCUGACCAGCACAGAAAUUGGACCAGGAUUUCACUGUAUUUACCCCAGGGUGCUGUAUCUCCAGCUACUAGAUUUAGAUGGCAACAACACAGUCAAACCCCUAGUGGCAAUGUUUGGGCCCUUGACAACGUGUAUCUAGGGAAUGGGUGUCCAUGGCUCUGUUCUGGCCAUGGGUAUUGUAAAAAGGGAACUUGUAUUUGUGACGAUGGUUACGAUGGGGAAUUCUGUGUUCCAUCACGCCCCCUUCCCAUGAUGCUUCGGGACGAUUUUAACCGGGACAAGCCCCAAAAUGAUAACUGGAUUGAGAUACAUGGUGGGGACACCACCAAAAUGUGUGGCACUCUUGUCAGUGGAAACGCUCUGACCUUUAGUGAUGAUCAACUCAGAAUGGCUGUCACUCGUGACCUUGACACAACCAUGCUGAACACAAUUGAAUUCUACUUUUUGUUUGGAUGUAAUGGAAAAAAGAUGGAUUGGCCUCGUAAAGAGAGCGUGCUGCUCCAGUAUUCUACCAAUGGUGGAAUCACAUGGAAGCUCGUCAAAGAGAUGCAUUAUAGGAAUGAUUCAAAACCAAGAUUUUUCAGUCUUGAGCUGCCCAUGGAUGCAAGACAUAACUCUACACGGCUGAGAUUCUGGCAGCCUUACAAUGCAGGCAAGCUGUUGUCAACAUGGGCUGUAGACAACCUGUUUAUUGGUGGAAUGGUCAUGAAUCCUUCUUCUCUGGCUGAUGAUUUUGAGUCUGGCGUACCUGCCGAUUCCUGGCUGUUUGUCAAUGAUGGGGAGGUGGCAGGCUACUGUGAACAAAAUGUCAGGUCAGACACAGUCGGUGCAGGGGAGACAGCCCUGGUUUUCCGUCAGGGCUCUGACAAGGGAGAGCACUCAGUAGUUACCCGUGAUCUCAAUGUUGGACCAAUGUCAGUGCUGCAGUUUGAUAUAAAUGUUGGGUGCUCCUCAGAAAGUACCCACAAGUACCCAGUGAAGCUGGAAUACUCUCCAGAUGGAGGCAAAACAUGGAAACUUGUUGUACCUAAUUGUGCAGAUGUCUCUACAGCUCAUUGUCAUGACAGUGUGAUGCAAACGAGCCUUCAUUACGGAGGAACUUCGAAAUAUUGGCGAAGAGUUGUUAUCCCUCUUGAUGAUCUCUAUGUUUGUGGAACGUUGAGAUUUCGCUGGUACCAGGGUGUUAUACCAGAAGAUGAUUAUGGACCAGAGUGGGCCAUUGACAAUGUUUUCAUCGGAAUGGCCUGUAUGCAGCACUGCCUCGGACAUGGUAAAUGUGGCGGCACCAUGAUGUGCACAUGUGACCAUGGUUUCCUUGGUGACACCUGCUUGUCUUACCAGUCCCUACCGAUCUACAUGAAAGAAGGCUUCCCAUUGGCUAAUGGCCUUGACGAUCUACCAGAGGUGUUGCCCUUGCUGGAUUCCUUCAGUAGCUCCAGCAAACUCUUAGAUGAAAAGAAUUGGGAUAUCUGGAGUGGUGGACUGGUUUCUAAGGCUUGUGGCCUUUUGCUGGAUGGAUAUGGACUGGUUUUCCAAAAUUCCGGUGAACGUGUUCUACAGACAAUAAAACUGGACCUCUCCAAGGCAACGACAGUCCAGUUCUAUAUUCGCCUUGGCUGUGACUCCACUCCUCCUGACCCAGCCACGCCCCCAGUUUACGCACAAUUCACCACCAACGGAGGAAUCAACUGGCACACCAUUGAGCAGUUUGAUUUCAACGAGCAUAGUAACAAGCCGUCUUAUGUGAUACUAAAUUUGCCUAAAAACGCAAGGUCCAGCGCUUCUCAGAUUCGCUGGUGGCAGCCAUCAAAAAAUGGAACAUUUAUGGAGCCCUGGGCAAUUGAUGAGGUUUACAUUGGUGGUGACUUUGACGGUGUCGAGAUGUUGGCAGACCACCCUGGUGCUCCUAGGGACUCUACCUGGACCCUGACCCCAGGAGCAGUUAUAGAGCCCGUAUGUGGGUCACUGUUUAAUGCCCUCCACUUUACUGGAGAGGAGCAGCACAGGUUUGCAGUGACAGCUGAUGUGGUAGUGGAAGCGGGAUCUGUACUACAGUUUGACAUCUCCCUUGGCUGUACUGACACAAAGCACUGCUUCAAGGUACAGCUAUUGUAUUCCCAUGACAAGGGUGUGACCUGGCAGCCUGUGACGAGGUCAUGUUUGCCUUCCCACCUCAACUGCGAGAAGUACACAUUCCCUAGAGAUAGCGAGUUUCUCUCAGAUAUGACAAGUGGAUGGAACAGAUACAAUGUUCCGCUGCCGUUCCAUACAAGGUCACGGUCAACUAGGUUUCAAUUUGUUCAGCCCGAAGGUUUCAACAGGAAGGACACUUGGGCCAUCGCUAACUUGUACAUAGGGACAGAUUGUCCAGAUUCCUGUAAUGGUCAUGGAAAAUGCACUGAACAGGGUUGCGUAUGUGACCCGGGAUGGGGAGGUUUCGACUGCAGUGCUCCCACCAUUGAUUUGCCUGUAUAUUCUUAUGAUAUGUUCACUGGAGAAUCCUAUAACUGGUACAAAGUUGUUGGGGGAAAGAGAACUAAACCAUGUAAACCUAUGGCAUCUGGAUCGGCUUUACAUUUUACAGGGAACUGCUCCAGAGGACUAAUUUCUCGAUUCUUUGAUCUUUCAAAUGCUGAGUAUGUGCAGUUUAACUUUAUGUAUGGGUGUGGCACACCGCCGGAUAAUAUUGAUGAGAGUGUUUUGAUUGGAUACUCCACUAAUGCCGUUGAUUGGACAACGUUUGGGAAUUUGCAUUACUUGAACUACCGCUCACCAUCGUUUGUGACAAUAAUGCUACCAGAUGAUGCAAAAAGAAAUGGAACGGCAAUAAAUUUUGCCCAGUUUAAAAACAGUGGCCAAAAUGAAGAUGAUUGGCUUAUAGACAAUUUAAGAAUUGGAGGUCGAAAUGUUAGCCUUGAUAUGAUGAUGAGCGACUUCACUUAUGGAAUCGAUCCAGCUGAAUGGAAGACUUUUGAUAACAUUAAAACAGGAGUGUAUUGUGAAAGAUCUGAAGUAGCAUCUGGAGAGAUCGUCGACGACGAGAGUGCAACAAUAACAACGCAAGAUUUGAACAUACACGAAGGUCACAUGUUACAAUUCUGGUAUAACAUUGGUUGCAUGAGGCCAUGGAAUGCAUCGGUGGCACCUGUACAUUUGCAAUAUUCUACAGAUUACGGGAUGACUUGGGCCUAUGUUACUCCACAAUGUUUGUCAAAUGACCCAGACUGUCUUGUUGGACCAUCCAUGGCUAGCGUUUAUUAUGGUGAUCCUAUGGGAAGGUGGCAGCGAGUGAUUAUUCCACUUGAAGGAAUGACACAGUCAAAAGCAACACGUUUCAGAUGGCAACAGCGCCCUGUUAACGACGACGAAGCCAUUACGAAUUUUGGCUUGACUGAUGUUUACAUUGGACCAUCUUGUCAGGACAUGUGUGGUGGCCAUGGCAACUGUCACACACAGACCUUCCCAUCAUGCAUUUGUGAUCCUGGUCACCAUGGUGAUAAUUGCUACCCUUGGGAUGCUGAAAAUAAGCGUGAAUUAAAAGACACAUUUAAUAAUGGCGAAGUGGAUAAGUCCAAGUGGUUGUUGGUUCAAGGUGGAACAGUCCAGGAUUCAUGCACUCCUUUGGAUGAACUGACCUCACUUACAAUGAAUGGACUAGGCCUAAGGCAAAUUGUUACGGAGGACUUGGACCUCCGAGACGCAAAGUUUGUUCAGUACACUGCAAGCAUAGGAGGAACGACGGAAGAACAUGACUGCUUUAAACCGUAUAGCCCUGAUCACAGUGUAAUAUUGCAGUAUUCAACUGACGGGGGUAUUAACUGGCAUACAUUACACACUCUUGAUUAUACACGAUAUUUGGAACCUAGACAAGACUAUAUUAAGCUACCACAGGAAGCAAGAACGAUUAGUACAAGGAUUAGGUGGUGGCAACCUCUUGCUGAGGACCCUUUUAGGAGGCAGCCUGCUUGGGCCAUUGAUAAUGUGUACAUUGGUGGUCAUGAGAUUAAUCCAGCGAAUUUUCGUAUCAAUUUUAAUGAAUCUCUGGUACUUAAUGACCAGCCCUGGGAGUUUAACCCUCAAGGUCACAUCCAGACAGAAGUUUGUAAGAAGGAUGACGGUGUUAUUGUUUGGGAGGAAGGAAAGGGAGAGAAACACUUUACAACAAAACAGACUAUCAUACAACAUGAUUAUAUUCUGCAAUUUAAGAUAGCGGUUGGUUGCAGUAAAACGUUUAACAUCUGCGAAAGUCAUGCACCAGUUCGUCUUGUGUUUAACAAAGAUCCAAGUCUAGACUCCUGGCACGAAGUUGUAUCUCUCUGUCUCCCUGACGUCAACCAGCGAAUGGAUUGUCGACCAAAUAGCUACCAUUUGGCCAGCGAAUAUACUGCAGAUAGGUACCCGAAUUGGACCAGAGUGACCAUCAGCCUUCCAGUAAAAACAUUUUCAAGCACCACAAGAUUUAGAUGGAUACAAGAAUCGGGUAGUGAUAUUUCACCAGGCUGGGCCCUGGAUGACAUUUACAUCGGAGAAAGCUGCCUCAACAAGUGUCACGGUAGAGGCGAGUGUGUACAAGGAAAGUGUGUGUGUGAUAAUGAUUAUAAAGGUACUACUUGCAUGCCAGCAAGAAAGCAGUUAUCUCGAAUGUUCGACUCUUUCGAGGACGGUAUUUAUUCAACACGAUGGGAGUGGGUGUCAGGGGGAGGUAUCGGGUUUGGUUGCGGGGCCCUUAUACCUUACGCCCAUGGAAAGACUUUAUACUUUAAUGGAUGUGGGCACAGAGAGGCCCGUACAGUUGAAAUGGAUUUGAAUAGACCAAGUAAAAUAAUGUUUGUGAUGCAAAUUGGAUGCAGGGCUCAAACACCGGAUUGCAAUGUUAAAAUGGACGAUCACUCACAAUACAGAGGCAUUCUCUUGCAAUAUUCUACAAAUAAGGGUGCAGAUUGGCGAUUAAUUGCGCGUCAUGACCCAGCUGAUUACCUUUCUCCAAAGAGGCUUGCCUACGACAUCCCUCAUCAUGCUCAGGUUGAGGGAGUCCAGUUUCGAUGGUGGCAGCCUGUACAUGGUGGCGAAGGCUCGGAUCAGUGGGCACUGGAUCAUGUAGAAAUCGUCCCGAGUCGAACGAAUAUGAAAUUUUACAGACGAAGAAGAAGACGCCAAGCGGGUAUGAUGUCGAUUCGAUGAAGCUUUGUGACCUAGCUCCAAGGGAAUUAAACCGGUGUACUGCAAUGAAUGUUGAACGCAAUAAUUUGUGUAAUAUCAUUUCAACAAAUGAUGAAGUAAUUCAUGUACAUUUAAUUAAUUAGUGUAACAUGAAUAAACAAAUAUGAUAAAUUGAAAUUUAUUUUACUGUUGUAAAUACAUGUAGGUGCAUUUGAUGUAAAUUUUAAAUUUGUUAUAACAUGUCACUGAACAAAAAUAUGUGCAUAAAUAUAUUUUCUUGAAAUACAUUUUUAUACAAUAUGUGGUUAUGGAGUUUCGGUUUUGAAAAUAGGAUACUUGAUCUUAGACUGAUGUAACAGGAAGCAUUGGAUAAGUUCGUGAAUAUGUAUAUUGCCCUAUGAUUAACAAGACUGUAGGACCAUAAAUUUUGCAUUAUAUAUUCCAUCGUUGACAAUUACAGUAAAUGAAGAAAAUGUCUUCGGCAGUACAUUUGCAUUCCCGUUCACCAGAGUGAUGAUGCUUUGCGUACCACACUCUUUAGAUUUUUCAUUAUCAAACCACUGAUGAAUGAUGCAGUACAUUUGUUAAUCCAUCAUUUCUGACAUUUAAGGAUACUUAAAAAAUAUGUUAGAAAUGAUAUAUCAUACAACAAUUUGCAAUGUUAUAUCAACAAUCAAAAUCAUAUUUGUAAAUCUCGAAGUCUACCAUAUGAGGGCGAUUAGGUUGUGUUAAAAAAUAUUAUUCAAUACAAAAACAAUAGUUUUUACUUCAAUAUUGCUAUUCAAAUAUAUUAUUAAGAUAAAAAAGUUUUAGUAGAAGUAAUCUCAUAACUGGCCCAUAUUUGGAGUAAUAAAGAAUCAAACUGCAUUGUCAAUAUAAUUUAAACGUCUUUGAAGAGUAUUUAACAUUUAAAUAUAUAGCUUUAUUCGUUCUCAAACAUCUGCAGGUAGAUUGACGUAUUUUACCUGAUCUAUAAAAUGCUAAAAAUGACCACAGUAAUUUACGCAAAACGGCAAAUCUCUGUCUUCAAAGCAUCUUUACUGCCAUAAAGAAAAUGAUGAACACUGAAUUUAGGUAUUAAUUAUAUAUUAAAACUUGACAAUGCAAUUUGAUUUUAAUGCCUACUCCAUUGCAACGUCCAAACAAAGGAAAACUCGUUCUUGAGAUAUCUGAAGAAUUCUUCUGUAGGAUAGUUUUAUAAAACUAAGCAUGUAUGUGGUAUGAUUGCAAUAAUGAGACUAUGCACAUCUUUUUUGUUGGACAUACAUUAGUGUUGCCAUGACAUGUUAUGAAUAUAACACACUAAGUAAUAAGUACAGAAAGGUUCGUAAAUCUAAUUAAGUAUGUGAGGGAAAAGUUAUAAAAAUGAAUCGUGAUUUCUUAGUAUAAAUAGUAUAAAUAAUGCAUUUCCAAACAAACCAGAAAGUUUGUUUUGGUGCUGAGAAAACGGGUGUGGUUGUUUAAAUAAGCAACAACAAAAUUAUGUUUACAUUUUUGUAGUUUUUUACGUGGCAUUAAGACUCAUUGGAAAUUAUUGUAGUGGUAGCAAUGCCGAAUGACUCCUUUCUAAUAACAUGCUGUUGAUAUCGUUGUUUUUCUCUUAAGUUACUCCUCAUAAUUCGUGUAAUUUACUUCCACAUUUAAUAGGAACUGUCCUUAAACUUGACACAAUGUAGGUACAAAUUUUGUUGUAUUAUUCUUCAGCUGUUUUGUCAUACAGCUACGUGUCCCUAAACAUAAUUAAAGUUUAUAGCUGUAAACAUUUGUAAAUCGAAUAACUUCCACAGUAUAUGAGGAUUUGUUUUGAAGAAGUGUACUGGUACAUGGCGUAUACAUCUUUAGUCUUAGGGCGCUUUGUGUGUUAUAAACUAGUUCUGGUGUUAUAUCGGUUUCACGAACUGUGUAUUUGUUGUAACAGUUUUAAAUAAAAGGAAAACCAGUUUAA